AUGGCGACUUCUGCGCAGCAGCCUGGCAAGGCUGGAGAUGCUGCUGCAAACCAUUCGACUCCGCGAAAAUUCAAGGCAUCCGAUCUUCCACUGCCUUCAGCGACCAGAGCUGCCAUUGAAUCCCUGGCACAUAGCUUCAAGAAGGAGGGCGCCUACGACUCCAUCCGAAAGCAAGUCUGGGACAAGUUCGAAGCCAGCGACUACGAGGCUCAAGUACGGACUUCGAUUCUCGAGGUGGCAGAGAAGGAGGUGGAACGCAACCCGCAACAGCUGCUUACGCUGGACCGCCGGAAGGCGAGCGCCCUGAUUGAUGGCGCGCUGGAGCGAUCUGGUGUCUAUCAAAAGGCCGAGGGCGUUAUCGACCAACUUAUCGAUGUUGGGGCGAUUGAGGAACGCAUCCGUGAAAUACGCCGGGCUGAGAUUGGCGAAGAGGCGGCUGAAGCAGAGCGCAUUCGCGGCGCCAAGACUGACGAGGAAUACGCGGCCGAUACAGAAGCGCGACAAGCGGAACGCGAGCGGGUACGCGAAGAACUACGACUCAAGGAAGCCGCUAUUGAGGAAGAGAAGCGCCGCAUUGCACAAGAGGAGCAGAAGAAGGAAGAACGGGAGCGAGAACAGGCAGAGCUCAAACGUCAAGCUGAAAGAGACGAGCGACGCAGAAAGCGAGAGGAGGAACGAGCCGAAAGAGAGCGACUUCGUGACUUGGAGCGAGACAAGAGGCACAAGGAGCGUGAGGCUCGUGAGAAGGAGAGAGACCAGCGUGACCGGGACCGUGACAGGUCUAGGGAUCGAUCCAGAGACCGAGACCGCGACCGCGAUCAGGACCGUGACCGUGAUAGAGAUCGGGAUCGCGACCGGGAUCGAGACAGAACCAGGGAUCGUGGGCGAGAUCGUUCAGGGGAACGUCGGCGUGACAGAUCCAAGGUCAAAGAAGCUGUACCGGACGAAAAACUGUCCAAAGAAGACAAUGAGAGGCUGGAACAGGAGGCCCUGGCAGACCUGCUGCGAGAGAGUUCCCGGCCUGACCGUGCAAAGCCUGAGCUUGAAGUUGAUGCGGCUCUGGCACCUCCGCCCAGAAAGAGCGCCCCUGCAUCUGCAAUCAACCCCAUUAAGCGAGACUCUCGAAAGGCCAGCGAAAGCGGUUCCAGAAGUGAGAGACGAGAGUCCAGGACACCAGCAGCGGCAGAUUCCAAGCCGCCAGCCUUGCGAGACGAAAAACGAUCUAGCCGAAGCGCUUCUCGGGCUGGGGAUAGGGAUCACGACAAGACCGGAGAGAGAACUCGUCAACGUGAGGAUAGCCGCCGACGAGACAGACGUUCACAAUCUCCAAGGCGAAAAAGGAGCCGGUCUCGCGACAGGGACAGGCGUGAUAGAAGUCGAUCAAGGCUGAGACGCGAUAGGACACGCUCUCGGCAGAGGAGAGACGACCGUCGUGACAGAAGUCGUUCACGGGAUCGGACCGAUCGGCGUAGGAGUCGAUCGAAACGCAGAGAGCGUACAAAGUCACCAGCACGGUCUGAACGACGAGAACGAAGUAGAUCUCGCACCAGACAAGACCGGAGGGACAGAAGCCGGGAGCGGGAUCGGUCUCGCACGCCAGCCCGGACGGAAAGGCGCAGGAGUCGGUCCCGACGGCGUGACCGAAGUCGAUCAAGGGACAGCCGCCGCGGUACAGCAGAUCGAUACGAUCACUAUGACCCCCGAGAGUCUGCUCGUUCCCCACGACGCCCUAGCCGUGAGCGUACUCGCGAUAGAGAUAGAGAUCGGGACAGAGAUGCAGAGAGGGACAAACCGCGAGACAGGGACAGGGACCGGGACCGGGAGCGAGAUAGAGACAGAGACCGAGAUAGGGAGCGGGAACGCGAACGCGAACGCGACCGUGACCGGAAGAGUCGAUCUCGCUCACGUCCUGGCACUUCCCUCGUCCGCACGGCGUCAGCAGCCCGUGAAGAGCACGAGGAGUGGAAGCUAGAGGAAGUCAAGAAGCGGGAGAAGGAGGCCAAGGCGUAUUUGGCGGCCCAGAAGGAUGCAAAAGCUAAGGGCCUCCCCAUCCCUGGUGUAGACGACAAGAAGAAUGCUCGUGAGGAUCGCAGAGACGACCGCCGAGAUGAGCGGCGCAGGAGUAGAUCAAGGAGCAAUAGUCGCGACAGAGCUAGGUAUCGCGAACGAGAUCGUGAUCGAGACCGUGACCGUGACCGCGACCGGGACAGAGAUCGGGAUAGAGACAGGGAGAGAGACAGAGACAGGGAUAGGGAUAGGGAUAGAGAUAGGAGCCGUGAGAGAGAUCGGGAUCGUCGUGACAGAGAUCGCGAGAGGGACCGCGAAAGAGACAGAGACAGAGACAGGGACGACAGGAGAAGACGAGAUCGAAGUCUAUCUCCUCGUAGAGAGCGAAGACGCAGCCGGUCGACUAGUCGUCGUCGGCGCAGCAGGAGUCGAUAA